GAAUGGACGGUGAUAAAGCCGGCUGUGAUGGAAAUCGGCUGUGAUGUACUACUUUCCUUACUUUCCUUUCCUUCCGCUCUCCUUGAUCCAAACAUUAUGUUACUUGCCACACAAAAUCAGUCCAAAAGGCAAAGAAAAGAAAAGAAAAAUAGAAAGAAAACUGCACGUUACCUCACUAUAUAAACAGAACCAAAACUCCCAAAACAAAAAGGAAAAGAUAGAAACAAGAGAGAAUUUUCGUUUCUUUAUUUAUUUGUUUGUUUGUUUUAUCCGAUAAGGCGCAUAUAGAGCGAGGGAGCAAUGGGGAGUGAUAGCAAGACCAAUGGUAGUAGCGGCGGCGAUGGUGGCGGAGGACAGAUACCGGUGUCGGUGAAGAAAGUGUUGCAGAACCUUAAAGAGAUUGUUAAUAAUAACUUUACGGACUUGGAGAUCUACGCCGUCCUUAGAGACUGUAAUAUGGACCCUAACGACGCCGUUCAACGCCUCCUCUCUCAAGAUACUUUUCAUGAGGUGAAAAGCAGACGUGAAAGAAGAAAAGAGAUGAAAGAGACACAAGAACUAAAAGCUCGAGCUAACAAUGGUACGUCUAAUCAUGGUGUUAGAGGUGGUGGUGAACAUUCUUUUGGGCGGAGUGGAUCAGUGCAAAUCAGCUCCAAUGAGCUUGGUAAAGCUGCAUACAGGAAAGAGAAUGGCACAUUUGCUUCUAUUCCCUAUUCUGCUUCUUCAACAUUUUGUGAAACCAGACAAACCUGGAAUGAGCAAUCUUCCUCUCGAAGCAAUUCUUUUAAUGCUGAUAAUAGAAGACAAUCAAUAGGAACACGUGAUAUGAUUGAUUCAUCUUUGCAACCAUCUCCUGGAUCACAAUCUACUUGGGUGGGGGCCACCUUGGAACACGUUACUAUGGCUGAUAUCGUAAGAAUGGGUAGGCCACAUAGCAAAGGCUCACAAAUGCUUUGUGAAACAUCUUUUACCGCUCAAGAUGCUGUUCCACCAAACUCAGCCAUCUACCAAAUGAAACCUUCCCUUGCCAAUUCACCUUCAGAGUUGGGAACACACCUAGAUUUGCAUUCUUCAGAUUUGAACAUGACUAGUGAAUCUGGGAAGAAAUUUAGUCAGCAUGAUUUAGAUGAUGAAUGGCCUGUGAAUGAGCCAAUAACAGGUUCGAGUGACAUUGGUGCUAAAAUGUAUUCUAAUCCAUCUUACUCACAUAGUAACAGAGCUAACUUGUCAAGUAACUGCUGGGCAGACAAUAUUCUAGUAUCAGAGAGCAAUGUUGCUGGGGAGAAUCUUAGUUCUGAAUCUUCUGAUCAUGUCAGCUCUGCUCAAGCAUCUAAUAAAAAAAUACUUAUGAAUCAUUCUGGAGGAACAUUUGAACAUGAUGAUGACCUGUGUAAGGAUACAGGUUCAUGUGAUUCCUAUCGGCAAAUCUAUAAUCACCAGGGAGGUAAACUUUCAGGAAUAGGCAGAGGUUCUAAUAUAUCUGUUCCAAAUCCUACUGCAUCUUUGUCUGAUGAUGCCAUCAAAGCUGUAUCAUCAGCUAUGAUGAACUUACAACAGCUAAAUUUAGGGAAGGAAGAGCAGGCAGUGACUCAUGCAGAGACUCCAGUGGAGGAUAACCAUGGACUGGUGCUUCCAAAUUAUUUACAAGCCUUUUCUGCUGACUGCUCACAUUUGAGCUUUGGUACCUACAAAUCUGGCAAGAGUACAGCAUUGUCCCAGCCACAAGCAUCCAGUUCCUUGACAAAUGACUUGGAAGGGACGUUGACAACAUCAAAUGAUCCAUCCUCUAUGCAUUUAAACUCUAGGAACUUGGUAUAUCAUGAUGAGGAGCAGCUUGAAUUUGAUAUUGAUACUACUAGAGCAACUGCAAAUGCUAGGAAAUAUAAUUCACCCAAAUUUUCGCAGGCAGAGCUUAGGAAACUAGACAUUCCUGAUGAAGCAACCCAUGGGAAUGAUUACGUCUCCCAUUUGUCAAUACCUGGUUCUAGUUUCAAGAACAUCCAACAAUUAAGUUCUGCUUUGUCUUAUGUGAAUGACCCAAAUGCUAGGAAGCUUCCUACUUUGCCAAGUGAAGUGGAAUCAUAUCCAAACUCUAUACCUAGUGAUUUAUUGACAGCAACUAUUCAGUCUAUGAAAGCUAGAGAUUCUGCAGCAUUGCUUGCAUCACAUUCAAUUUCAAUCCAGCAGUUCUGCAUCUUCCAUUAAGAACCCAAAUGCAUCCAUGUCUGAGGUUUUAAAUUCUGGAGCCUUUUCUGUAUCCGACCCAUCCUCACAAGCCCUGCACGAUGCCAACAUCGCCACUGGUUCUGUACUUACGGAGCAUUUGUCAGCACAUUCUUAU